AUGAUUCUGCCACCAGAGAUAGUAUAUGAGGUACUGACAUUCCAGUUUUAUGACCUGAUGUCGAAUGACCAUCCAAGCACUCCAGAAAAGUUCUACUCAAACUUACGAAUAUUUCUGCGGAGUAACCUUACAGUGAACAAGACUUUCUACCAUAUCUGCCGGGUUUUGCUGUAUCGAUACCUCAACUUUACGUCCGCUAGAGGGUUUUAUAAACUGUUAGAAACGCUAAGAAACAGUCCCGAAGUUUUGCGCUAUAUCGAAGUAGCAGACUUCCAGGAACUAACGUCUAUUGGGCUAGGAAGGACAGGUGAAAUGAACAAAAGCAUCAAGAAUCUGACAAACGAGACACUAUGGGAGUUUUUGGGCUACACACGCAACAGUCUCAGGGAGUUUCUGGCCAGUGAACACAUUCAGGCAGAUCUAGACGAACGCAUCAUCAAUUUUCUUCUGAAACCAGGUACAGUUCUCAGCGUCGUUGAUUUUUGUGGCUGUUCUCAGGAUAGCUUCACCAGCACAUUUUCCACUGCGGUACAGCAACUCUAUAACAAUGAUGAACCAAUUGCGUACAAUUAUCAAAUGACAGCUCUUGGCUUGAAUGACUGCACGACUAUUGAGCCCAAAACGUUGGGCCGGCUUUUAAUGACCCUCCCAGAGCUCCAGAAACUAGACCUCACUCGCACUGCAAUUGAUGACCGUACGCUCAUCAGUGAUGUCCCGCAUUUGAAGCAUUUAACGCAUUUAUCGUUGGCAAUGUGCCAUCAACUUACUCCUAGAGGAGUCUUGGAGUUCUUCAGUUACCACCCCGCAAUAACGGACAAAGAUAACAUUUCGACUUUACAGUGGCUCAACGUUCAAGUUCAUUCUCACUCCUCCUCUUGGACCGACGUACAACUGAUGUUUCUACUGAAGAAGCUAUGUUAUUAUGGCCAUAACAAAACCCUGCAGUAUCUUAACGUUGGAGGCAUGCCAAUGCACAUCAACGAUGAUAUAACUGCUGUGAGAUCCUCGCAUUACUGGCAAUGCCAGGACACGCUUCAAUUCAUUAAGCUCAACUUCCCGCAGCUGAAAAGUCUAAGCAUCAGAGACAACAACAUACCCAUUCCCAAGCUAACCCAUUUCCUGUCUCCACUUGAAAGCAAAGAAGUUCCAAAUCAGCAUUUGAAGUUUCUCAACAUAGUCAACAAUUCUUACAUCAACAGAUGGAGUAUACAGGAUCCUGCCAUCUUUUCUCAUUCAAAAAGUUUAUGUGCUCUUGAGAUGUCGUUUGACCCUUGGCAGCAAAUCGAGGCAUCUAACCCGAGGCAUGAAAUCAAUUGUCGAUUGUCCAACGGCUCCUCGCUAUUUCAGGACUAUUCUGCGGCGCCGUUGGUCAAAUGGAAAUGUUACAUCGGAUCCGCAUAUGGCAGAAGACACUGGAUUUACAGAACUGACGACUACCUUAACCGGGACGAUUUGGAAACCAAAGGGUUUUUGACCAGAUACGAUACGCAAGGGAAUAAGAUUAUUGACAUUGUGAAACAUCCUGACUUUUUGAAGUUUGCCCAGACCAAGAUCAUGCUUGGGUGUGGAUUGGUCGCUAAAAGUCGAGGUCGGAGAAAUCUCACUUAUCGGGACCAUAAACCAGCAGUAUCUCGUUUCCUCAACAGAAAUAAGGAUCUGGAAAUUAGUCCAGUAAUCGAAUCACCUCAGGAAACUCCGGUGUCCCUGCCCGGUGGAUGGAGAGUGAUUGAUAACGACCACAACGAGGAGCCCGAAAUUAGCGUUCCGGAAGAAAGCGCCGAUAUGACACCCCCAAAUUCAAGAAGCGGCCUGUAUUGGGAUCGUUCAAUUACGAACCUACAAGAACAGGUACCACCGGUUGAAACAGACGCUGAUUAUUUUGAUAGCCCGGAGUUGCAACGCCGUAGGUCAGCGUUGAGUUUGCUGAACGGCCAUUUUGGCGGUAGACAUUCGCUUGAAUCCCGGAGAACCGAAAUGGACAUUGCAAGACUUUUAGGAUCCAGUGGCACUCACUUGUUGGAGCGUUUAUCGCGCAGCGAACUUGGCGAGUACUCGGAGACAUAUCGCAUGCACCUGGUAGUGGCCACCGAGUACAACGUGUUUGGAUGUUUGGAGCGUGGCAUGUACCGGUACUACAGUUUGAAAUCGUGA